AUGUGCAUUGAAAUACUUCAAUUUCUAAAGUAUCUCGAAAAACACUUGACGAAAAACACUCUGAAGGGGUGGGCUGCGAUGAAAGUGGCUAUUGAGCAUGUGCAGCUACAGUUCAUAAAAGAGAUUGAGAACAAUGUCUGCUCCCUCCAGGUUGAAAGUAACUUUAUGUGCUUUGCACUAAAAACUGGGCAUAUGUUCCUUAUUGAUCUGGAAUCACCUUCGAAUGUAAUAAAAUACCAUUUUGCGUUGCUCUCAAGCCCACAAGAGAAGCUUUUGAGGGUUUGGAUGGAUCCUUCGGCCACAACUCUGCUUUUGAAGACGAACUUCGCCAAAUACUACGUCUUGACAGUGGAUUCGUUGGGGAAAGGCAACGAGUCGGUGACGCCCUUGAAAAAGCUGUCGAAGAAGAACCGAGAUGUUAUUUCCGUAAUGUGGCAAGGAAAGAACAACUUUGUGUGUGGCACAACCGAAGGAAAAGUGUACGUCGUAAACACUCAAAGUGAAAACUCCGCAACUAAGGCGUAUUCAUCUCCUCAUUCUAUCGACGGUCUCAUAUUUGCAAGUUCCCCCGGAGCUGAAAAAUGUGCUUUUUUAGCCACAGGGCACACACUUCGGUACUGGAGCAACCCAAAGGAUCCACUUACAACUCUCAAAGAGCUUCCGCCUACGGAGACUGAGCAGUUUGAAGAGAUUGAACAGACAUCAAGCAGAAAAUUCGUGUUUUUUCAAGAUACGUUUGCAUGGACUAUUGAUUCUGGUACAAUUUUUGGGACUGUCAAGGGCUCUGGCGAUGUAUUGAAAUCUGCUACAGUAUUGCUUAAUGUUGAGCUUCCUCCGUCGAAUCACAGGGUAAAGGGUGUUGCACUGAGUAAGUACCACCUGCUAUUACUACGUGGGAAUGAAAUCCUGAUUAUCAACAAGCUCAAUAAUGAAGUGGUUGCUCAGGAAACAAUUUGGAACCAAGGGAGCGAAAAAUUUUUGGAGCUUGUAGUUGAUUAUUCUCAGAGUCCUCCGACCUUCUGGUGCUACUCGACAAGCAAUAUCUACGAAAUUGUAUUAGAAGGGGAAAAUAACGGGAUUUGGCGACUUCUCAGCAAGUUGGGGAAAUAUGAUGAAGCGCUCAAGCUACCAGGUCUUGCUCCUGCCGAAAAAGAUUUUAUUCUCGAGCAAAAGGGAGACUAUCUGUUUUCCGAAGAAGAGUUUACUGAAGCUGCUAGAUGCUACGGUGUUAGUGAUUCUGUAACCACUGCUGAAGUUGCGCUCAAGCUGAUGAAGAAAUCCGAUCUAGUUGCGUUGCAGGCGUUUUUAACCGCCAAAUUAAAUACCGCCCGACAAAGAAAAAAUAGCAUCGUGCAAAUUACUUUACUUUCAGACUGGGUUGUUUGGAACUUCAUGCAAAUGUUGAAUGAUGUUGAUGAAUUGAUUUCAUCUGAACAAGACGAUCAAAAUCUCGAGUCAUGGCGCUUGAAAAAAGAGAGCCUUGGCAAAGAAUUGAUGGCUUUCUUCAAAAAGAACCUGGAGAUUCUUGACAGAGACACAGUUUAUCAAAUAAUGGCACGUCAAAACAGAAAACUUGAGGUUCUCAGCUUUGCUAGGCUUAUCAAUGAUUAUAAGUACGUUUUAUCUUACUGGAUAAGAUCAAAAAACUGGUACGAGGCCUUGAAGGUGCUAGCAUUGACUCAAGAUUUGGAGUGCGUUUACAAGUACGCAACCAUCUUGUUGAUCAAUUCGCCAGACUCCACUGUCAAUACUUGGAUGCAAAUCAAGGGCGUCAAUCCUUCUGAACUUAUCAGCUCAUUGCUCACUUAUUUUUCCAAUUUCCAAAAAAUGCAUUCAUCAGCCGAUUCUUCUAGAUCAAUCCCAAAUUAUGCAUUGAAAUACCUUAAAUGGUGUAUUCAAGAGCCAGAAGAUGCUGAAAACCUGGCUCCGAUUGUGUUUAACUCAGCUAUCUUUAUGAUGAUUGCGGGAUUUGAUGCCAAAGGCAGGGAAAACGAAAUCAUUGAUUUCAUCGAAGCGCACAGCGGCUGCUUUGAUAGCGAUUUUGUGUUGAGACUGAGCAUCAAAUUCAAGAGGUACAAGACAUGCAUCUACGUCUAUUCGUGGCUGCGACUAUACGAAGAGGCUGUGACGCUUGCGAUAAAAAUGGACUUGCUGGAAGAUGCCAAGCUUGUAGCAAGCACUCCUGAACUUGACGGAAACUCGAAGCUCAGGCGGAAACUGUGGCUCAUGAUAGCGCAGUGCAUGAUACAGCAACAAAACGAUACUAAGCAAACUAUAAGGGAAAUUUUACAAGAUUCCAACGGUAUUCUUGGAAUAAAAGAUUUACUCCCAUUAUUUGGAGAGUUCACAACAAUCGCGAAUGUUAAAGACGAACUCAUAAAAAGCCUAGAGAAACAUAACAGCACAAUGGCACGCGUUUCCCAUGAAAUAGAAAACUCUAUCAAGAUCAAGAGAGAGAUCGUGGAGGACAUCGAGACAUUAAAAGCUAGGUUCCAGACGCUAGAGCCUGGCGCGUCUUGCGAUUGUUGUGACCGCGUGCUUCAGACUCGGAAGUUUUAUGUUUUCCCCUGUGGACAUUCCUUCCACACAGACUGCCUUGUGAGAGAAAUCUUGAAAUCAACAGACCAUGCGCUUAGAAGCAAGAUAGAAACUAUCCAAAGAAGUGCCACCAAAGGUAUGACAUUGGAUAAUCUUAAGGAACUGGAUCGUCUUCUAUCGACAAAGUGCUGUCUGUGUAGCGACAUCAAGAUAAACAGCAUAGAUGAGCCUCUUGAAUCUGAUGAGAAAGAGAGGCACGCCUGGGAGAUUUAA